GGAGGAGCGGCGUCCGCGGCGGGGCCGGUUUCCGAGGUGCUGCGCCCGGUUGGCGACGUCAGCUUUGUGGCGGAGGUUUCUGUGGGACGGGGGAAGUUAGGAGGGACCUCCUUUCGGCGCGACUGCGAGGUCUCUGUCUUGGUUAGAUGAAACAAAAAAUAAAUAUGGCCUUCUACAGUUAUAAUUCAUUCUUAGCUAUUUUCUGGACAAGAUUGCCUACCCAUUUUGUCUAUCCUUCCUGCUCUCAUUCCCCAUCACUUGCAUUUCUCCACUUGCCAGAUUCUCAUUUACGUACAACCUGUAUGAAAAACUAUGGAAGCAGGAAGUACUCCUAUCCCAGUCUGCCAGGCAACAAAGUCCAUCCUUUACGAACUAGACUAACACAAAAACUGCACACAUCAACUCGCUGGCUACAACCUCAGCUGGAGAAAACCCCAGAAAAGCCCAAAGUGACAAGCCCUGAGCCUACCAAAGAAGCAGAGACAGAGAUUACAGAAGAAAAGCGGUCAUUGAGACAAAAAAUCAUGGAUGAACUUAAAUACUAUUACAGAGGAUUCUAUUUACUUUGGAUUGACACCAAAGUUGCUGCCAGAAUAGUUUGGAGGCUGCUGCAUGGACAGGUGCUAAGCAGAAGAGAGAGGCGACGGCUGUUGAGAACUUGUGCUGAUGUCUUCCGCUUGGUCCCAUUUGUGGUGUUCAUAAUUGUACCUUUUAUGGAAUUCUUGAUACCAGUGUUCCUGAAGUUCUUCCCAGACAUGUUGCCAUCAACUUUUGAAAGUGAAUCGAAAAAGGAAGAAAAACAGAAGAAGAAGAUGGCCGCCAAACUGGAAAUAGCAAAAUUCCUUCAAGAAACAAUGAAAGAAAUGGCAAAGAGGAACCGAGCCAAGCUGGGAGAUGCCUCUUCGAAGCUUUCCUCCUAUGUAAAACAGCUCCAAACAGGCCACAAGCCCAGCACUAAGGAGAUAGUUGGCUUCUCCAAACUCUUCGAGGACCAGCUAGCACUGGAACAGUUAGAUCGGCCCCAGCUGGUUGCCCUGUGCAAGCUGCUAGAAUUGCAGGCCUUUGGAACAAACAACUUGCUCCGAUUCCAGCUCCUGAUGACACUGAAGUCUAUAAAAGCAGACGAUGAAAUAAUUGCCAAGGAAGGGGUGAAGGCUUUGAUGGUGUCAGAGCUCCAGUCUGCAUGCCGGGCCCGGGGGAUGAGGUCCCUGGGUCUCACAGAGGAACAACUGCGGCAGCAGCUCACAGAGUGGCUGGACCUCCACUUGAAGGAGAAUGUCCCUCCUUCUCUUCUGCUCCUGUCACGUACCUUCUACCUGAUAGAUGUGAAGCCAAAGCCUAUUGAACUACCGCCUAGUAUAGAGGCUCCAAAGGCAAAGCUUCUCAUGAUGUCAUCUAGUCCCCCUGAGUCAAAGGAGAAUAUUGAGGAUCCGGCCCCUCAACUAAAGGAAACUAAGGAUGAAGAAUUUACACAAGUGCCCCCAGCACCACCAUCAGCCAAAACACCACCAGCAACUGUUUCCAAAGAAGCAAUCCUCCAGGCCAAGUCCCAGAAGACCUCAAAGAACAGCAAGGCGAAUUCAAAAGGAGCCUAAGGACCCUGUGGAGGUGGAGCCCACUCUCUCCAGUCACUGCCCCUCAGCAGUGGUGUCCAUGAAGGAAUUCUAGCUAAGACCAUCUGGCUUGAGAUAGGAUCAGCCAUUAGGUCGUUGGAGGCCUCGUGACCAUUCCAGAGAUGCGAGCUGUGACACCAAGUUCAAGCCAUUUAGAGAAGCUUAAUUGCAGUCUAUACUGUAUAAUUGUGUCAUCUUACUAAACAUUGUGUAAAACCA